GUAAACACCGUAGGAUCAAACCCACGGUCAGGGAUGAUGACCAAAGCCCCUACGCCGCAAGGAAGGCUGGCGCAGGCUGCUCGUACCCGAGGUCGGGCCAAGGCCAGUGCGAGCCAAGAGCCUCCUCGAAAAGAGCCUAAGCCAGGGAAAAGGAAGGAGGCCGUGGAAGUAGAGGAUGAGGAGGAGGAGGAAGAAGAGGACGAAAGGUUGCACCAGGAAGAAGACCAGAGGGCGGGGCAAAGGGCCAGAAAGAGAGAAGCCAGAGAUGAAGUCGAACCGAUCCUGUAUGGUGUGUCACCCAAAAAGAAAAACUUGAAGUAUGCGGUCCGGCUAGAAGAAGGGUUCGACGUGGAGAAGGUGAUUGAUAGGUUGUUGGAGGGUCACAACGACCUUAUGAUCCUGAAGGAAAUUUUGGCAUCAGCACCUAAGCUCCGUGACGGACUGAAGGGGAGGUCUAACUUUACGAAGACAGCCAUGCCAAAAGGAGGGAGGGGGACGCGGCUGCCACAGAGGCCGUUGGGAGCAUCAGGAGGAUACGAGCGGCAUGGGUCUCACCACCGAGAGAGUACGCCGGUAUAUGAUGAUGGAGAUAUUGAGUUGUUCCUGGACGAUUUCUGGGGAGUCGAGAGGCGCCAGAGGAGCAAGAGGCAGAGGGACCCUGAACCCAGUGAGGGCAGGCCAUCUCGAGGGGGACUGAAGGCUCUCGCCAAGCGAGAGGAGGAGUCGGUACCUGAGACUGAGGGGCGAGGGGCAUAUCCUGAGUACGGGUUGGGGCCGGUAGAGUUUCAUCGCUUCAUUGAGGGUGGACUGGGAGAAUCUCCACUGCACACACGGGAGGAGAUGCUAGUAUCUGGAGAGCCUCUACAAGAUUUGGAGGCACAUUUGGAUGUCUCGCAUUGGAGAGUACCGCCGACGAGCGAGGGGCGUGGCGAGUUGGCAGAGGAGGCACCCAGAGAAGAGGCCCAGGGACCUGAGCGAGAGAGGGGGCAUGUUGGAGAGGGGGUGAUAGAGGUUGAGGAGGAUACUCCCCUUCAGACGCCGGCUGUGGGGCUGAGACUCGGGAGUACGCCAGAGGACACUCAUGGCAGAGAGGAGGGAUCACAUCGAAAGGAGAUCUCACUACCACUGCCAAAGACGGUCCCUUCACUAAAAGGAAGGGUGGAGAUGGAGAGAGAGAGAGCUGAUCGGAGGAGAGAGACCCUGGCUAUGAUCGACAGACAUCUGGCCACACGUGCCCUUGAGCACCCCGACGUGGAGGAGUCCGUACCUGUGGAGCCACGCCAGGAGCCGCGUCAGGCUGAGAGAGAGAUGGGAGCGGAGAUUUCGGAGAGAGCCGACCACCGCACGAGGGAGAGAGUGUCGGCUGGGGAGACAGCUGAGGAGAAGCGGGCCAGGGUAGGAAAACGUUUGGAAGAAAUCUGGCAGGAGAGGCAGAGAUUGGAAGAGGCAGGGGCACUCCCAGAUCAGCCACCGCCACCCAAACCAUAUGGAAUCAAGGAGAUGUGGGAUGAGUUCCUAGACCAGCAUGGCGAGGGAUUGACGGUUCCAGAAAGGGCAGAAGCUGGGACCUCAAAGAAGGCAGAUGAGUACUUGGACCGAAAGAUCCACUUCCUAGCCAAGACAUCCUUCGACAGAUGUAUGAUGUUAGAAGCUGGUCUAAGAGGAAGGGAGAUGAAGGAGAUGAGCCAUGGAGUACGAUUGGAGGCAGUUGAGGUUGAGGUUCGUGAGCUCGGAGCACUGGUGGUUAGUCAAGGCGCAAUCAUCCAGGACUUGAGGCAACAGCCUCGACGCGGAGUGGACAGGGCAGACAGCAGCCGACAGGAAGAACAGAGACAGGCAGAGCAUGGCUUAUCAGGACAACCAUCCGCGGCUGAGCCUCAGCAGGGGUCGUCCAUGGGAAGAGUCACCUUGGAGCCUGAGAAGGCGAAAGCCAAGAGGGAGGCAGAGAGAGAAGCCUUCGAGUUCAGAGCCCCUACUGAACUCGCUACACUGCUUACAGUAGCAGCGGAACCUACCAUGCCACUAUCAGUCGAGGAGGGGCAGCCGAUGGCCAGCGACGAGUCUGUCCAAGGCUCAGCAUACGGGUCUAUGAAUGUGCUCCUUGAAGCAGUCCACACUAUGCCGGAGGAGGCAAGCUUAUUUUCACCCGAGCAGAGGAUAGAGGAGCCUCCUGAGAGUGAGAUGGGGAUUGCGGUGGAGGGCGUCAUCGAGGGCAGGCCCCAGAGGUUGGAUACGCCUAAGUAUAGGUCAGAGGGGGUUGGGAUACAACCAGGGCCUAGUACUCAGGAGUUAGGGACAGGACCUGGGGAGCCUAUGGAUGUGCCUCAGAGUUACGAGCUGAGCAGGGAGACUAGCGAGGCGCCAUCAUCACCAGGGUCUCAGAGGGAGAAGAAGAAGUCCAAGAAGUGGUUUAACGCAUCCUGCUUCUUUUGCAAAAAGGAAGGUCGUCGAGCCUUGCAGCGUCCUAAGUUCUUAAAGGACCUGGCUGAAUGGAAGGUUACGAAGAGUGGUGGAAAGAUGUAUGAUAAAUAGGAUAGGGUAGUAGAACGAUCUGCAGAUGGAGGUAGGGCUCAGCUGUACAGGCAAAACUAGGAGGAGAUGAGAUGUAUGAGGAACAUCUUGUAUGCUUUAUAUGUUGUGAACGUGAAUGAAUGUGAGUUGUCUAC